AUACUCACUCACUCACUCAACACCCCUUUCUUUCACGUCUCGCAACCACAAUCACAAUCACAAUGUCUGGUCUCUUUGCUCGUCAAGCUUGGGCUACUGCCUCCAAGGUCCGAUCUACUGCUCUGCGAGCACCAAAGGUUGCGUUUACCUGCAGAGUCAACAACAUUGCUCCCCGACGAUCAUUUUCAGUUUCCAUGAACCUUCUGGCUAGAAAAUACACUGAGAGCCACGAAUGGAUUGACGUAGCCGCCGAUGGCAAGACCUGCACAAUUGGCAUUUCAAACUACGCCGCUGAAGCUCUCGGCGACGUAGUCUACGUGGAACUCCCCGCAGUAGGCGAAGAGACAGCCCAGGGCGAGUCCUUUGGCAGCGUCGAGUCCGUCAAGUCAGCCUCUGACAUCAACUCGCCCGUUUCUGGUUCCGUCGUCGAGGUCAACGACCCCAUCGUCGAGACACCUGCUGAUCUCGGCAAGGACCCUGAGAAGAGUGGCUGGUUGAUCAAGGUUGAGGCUGAGGAUGUUUCUGCUUUGGAUGCACUGAUGGAUGAGGCUGCUUAUGCCGAGCACAUCAAGGGGGAGCACUAAGCGAAGAGGCAGUGGUUUAAUUAAUGUUUGUGAUUUAAAAAGCAAGAUAUCAAGACACUUUCCAACAAGGAAUUUCAUUUUUUUAAAACAGAAUUAUUGCCAUGUAA